CCUCCAUGCUCCCUUCCGCACUGGAUCUGAACUCCAUAUAAAUUAUUAAAUUUCGCCCCACGUCAAUCCACUGUAAAUGAAACCAACUUUCUAAUUCCAAUAGAAACUUAUCCCGGAAAACGAAAUCACUCCCAACUUCCUAGAUCAAACACACACUCACACUCACACUCACAGUCGGUGUGUUUUCAGGUGAUCAAAGAAGCAUGGGGUCAUGGAAUUCAACAGAAAUGGAGGUUUUAUCCAGUGUAUUGGGAUGGAUUGCAUUCUGUGCUUGGUCUAUCAGCUUCUAUCCACAAGUCAUAUUGAAUUUCAAAAGGAAAAGUGUGAUAGGUCUGAAUUUCGAUUUCGUGGUGCUCAAUCUGACGAAGCAUUCGUCUUAUCUGAUAUACAACGCCUCCGUCUUCUUUAGCUCAGCAGUUCAACGUCAGUAUCGCCAGAAAUAUGGCCUCGAUGAGAUGAUUCCUGUAGCCGCAAAUGAUGUUGCCUUCUCCAUUCAUGCAGUUGUUCUAACUGCAUUUACCUUAUUCCAGAUAGCCAUCUAUGAUCGUGGAGGUCAGAAGGUCUCCAAGACUAGUAUUUUAAUACUCUCAGUAGCCUGGUUAACUGUUAUCAUCUGCAUGUUCAUAGCUAUACCUAGUCACUCAUGGCUUUGGUUGGUGUCUUGCUUUAGCACAUUACAGGUUGUCAUGACAGUGAUCAAGUACAUACCCCAAGCAGUUAUGAACUUCCAAAGAAAGAGUACAGUUGGGUUUAGCAUUGGGAACAUUUUGCUUGAUCUGGUUGGAGGAUUAGCAAAUUAUGGGCAAAUGACUGUCCAAUCUAUAGAUCAACAUUCAUGGGUAAACUUUUAUGGGAAUAUAGGCAAGACAUUGCUCUCUUUGGUGUCUAUUUUCUUUGACAUCCUGUUUAUCUUGCAACAUUAUGUGAUUUACCCUGCCCACAAGAUUGUGAAAUCUGAAAGUCCAGGCAUGGUAAGUCAGGAGCCACUUGUUACAUCUAAUGAAGAUGCAUGAAGUUUUGUUUCAAUUUGGCUAUAAUUUUCAGCUUCUUCUUGAUUUUGUUUUUUUUCUUAAAAAAAAAAAUGCUGAUUUGCAGUUCUGUAAUGUGUAUAUAAUACAUCUCAUGGUUCUUACUUCAUAGAAGCUAACUUAAAGGUUCUAUUUACAAAA